UAUGGUUUUGUAAGCAAGUCAAAUUUGACGUGUAACCUAUCGCUUUCGCUUUAUUUACUAAAAAGUGUUUUAUUUAAUAAACUAUCUCGAUAUGUCUAGCGGUCAAUGGGAAGUUGUGGGAAAGAGCAAGAAACCUCAAAAUGGGAAGGUAAAGCCACCAAAAGACGAGGAGAAAAAGUCGCCGAAAAAUGGAAUGAAAGUUGACGACGGCGCUCCACAAUCGGCGCCGGUGAAGUCAUUCUACGCGGGCAUGGAAAUUGAUGAUAGCAAACCUAAAAAGAAGGACAGCGAAAAAAAGAGGAAACUUGCUGAAAAAAAAGCGGCUGAGAAACCAAAACCACCAAAGACUAUAGAAGCGGCCCUCCAACUAGUGGAUCCUACAGAGCUGGCAACUGUGAUAACUACCAACAAGGUCCGCUUCUCGAAUGCCCCUCUAGUGUGGCUGAAGGAGGUAGCUGGUUUCCUUAACAGCAAGAUCCAGAUAGAAGUGGAAGACCCUACGUUUCCCAACCAGCCAGCCAAGUACCCCACAUGUGUGGUCCCACCAGAGCUGAGGACCCAGCUGAAGAGUGUUCUAGACAGUGCCGGAAAGUCUAAUGCUCAGUUGUUCUUUGAUGUCUCUCUUACUGCCUUAGCAAAUGACAUGAGUAGAGGCCAGUUAGUGAAUGGACACAGAAUUCUACUACAAAUGCUGGCAUUGGAAUAUCCAGAGUUUUGUGUUGCUUCUAUUUCUAAGAGUGCUAGCCUCAGGAACUCCUAUCAGAAUAGGCCCCCUAUUGGGCUAUCUCUGCUCUGGGCUCUUGGCCAAGGAGGCAAUAUUGAUUUUGGCAUUGGAUUGCAAGUUUGGCAAGAAAUCUUCUUCCCAAUCAUUGAUCUGAAGAACUACACCAAGUAUAUAAUUACAUAUUUAGGUAAAAUAAUUGAGCGAAACCCCAAAAUGGAAAACAAUAAAGUGAGCCAUGAAAAGUUUUUCGCCAUGCUAGAUUUGGUUAAUAGUAAACGCAUAAGUCUUCCUAAAGACCAGUCAAGUGACCUUAUUGAGCAAUUAAGUAAAUUUAAGGAUAUAGUGUUCAAAGAUGCAUCGAAUAAGCUCCAAGUGACCUUCAACCAAUUAAUGAAAAAGCUUCCGAACCAAUACCUCAGUGGAAACACUUUAGACUCAUACAACAAGGUGAUAGUGCAGAGCUUAGUGGACUGUCUGGCGAAGGACGACUCCUGCAAUGCCACCUGGAGACAGCUGUUCCACAAGUGCUGCAAACAAUCCGCAACCUUAUUGGAUUAUAUUAGCAAUAAUUGGGAAGAAGUGAGUCCGAAACUAAAACAGAAGUCUCUGAAAGCAACAGUACUCCAGUACAAGGAGGUCAGCGUAGAAGCGCUUAAAGGAAAGAAGAAAGAUGAAACUGUUGUAAAAGCCAACAAGUCAUGCCAGGAUAUCCUCGACAGAAUGACCAGCACAAGGAGAUUCCCGUGGGUCGGAGCCAGCCUGUUCCUGCUGCUGGCCAUUGUGGGACUCAUCAGCUAUGACGUGUCAAGAGUCAACGGAAACUUCCCUAAGAGCACUACUGGCCGUCUCCUCAAGGACGUGGGACUCCUAGAGCACACUCAGUUCGCGUGGCAGAAGACCCUGUCCACGUCAGCCCGCGGGUACAUCUGGCUCGAGACCAACACGCCCAUAUACUACACCAAGACCGUAGAGUUCACCAAACCCUACGCGGAACUAGCCAGAGAUGUCUUCAUAGUCGGAGCGAAGAAAACAGGAGUAUUAUACGAAAAUGUCAAGGAGUAUAUAGCGCUGAAGACACCGGUUGUGGUGUCAACGAUAGACCAGUACGCUCCAGGGUUCAUCGAAAAUGUGCAGGGUUACACUGCGUCUGGGUGGGCGUUUGUCAAGAAGCAUUCCUGUGAAUACUACCAUAUUUCGACCGAGUAUUUGAAGACGAAAGUGUUUGUAGGCGAGUGGGCCCCAGAAAUCCUUCAGAACAAGACGGAGUCAGCCCUGAACGUGACCAGGGACCACGUGUCGUCGUACUACCUGUGGCUGCGGCAGCAAGUCAACGUGUACUCGGAGAUACCUUGAACUCUUCGCACAGUUUUGUACAACGCCCACAUUUUUGACUUCUAACAAACAGAUGGUGUGAGUUACUGGCACUAGAGGACACGAUCUCUAUCAUUCGGCAUAUUUUUUCUUCAUAAAUUCCUAUUAUUUAUUAUCGUCAUCUUUUUUAUUUCCUUCAUGUUAGUUCGGAACCUAUGUAAGGAUUAGUGAAUAGAAUCAUGUUUUGAGAUUAACUACAUUGAUCUGUGAUUUAAUAUUACGUACAACUGUCUCGACAAUUUGAACCCACCAUAGCUACAUAAAUGUGUAUUGUUACUAAUAAUACGGCCGCCAGUUACUUCCAUCAUCAUUGUAUUUUAGUCUAAAUGUUAAAUUUUCAUUAUUAACAGACCAUUGUCGGCCUUAAAACAAUAGCACUAAGGCUCUGUCUGUUAACAAAUUGAUUAUUUGAAGUCGUUUUACAAUUUCCAUCAGUCAUAGCUCUAACUCCAUCUUGUCCAAAGUCCAAAAUCACAACAUUGCUAUUGUUUGGGUUGUAUUUUGAUAUGGUUUCUACAAAUGCUGGCUUUUUGUACCUAAAGAGUUCUUAUAUUUUGUGUAAAUAUUUAUUAAGAUCUUAUUAGAUUACCUACUGGAAAAUAAUUAUGUUUGUUGUGACAUAUCGACCUAUUGUCUCCAAGUGAUUAUUUUAAAACAGUUAAUUUAUGUUUUAUGUAUUGUAUAUUAUAAUUGUUAUAGUUAAACCAUCCCAUAUCGCUUUGUAGCCCAUUUCUUAACAUGUUUUCUAUUGAAUGUACUUCAAGAUCUAGACAACGAACAUAGUUGUAUUCUAAAUUCUCACAUUCUGAUGGUAUUGCAUUUUCGUAAGCACUUCAUAUUAUACCAUGACAUGUUAGGAUAUUAUGGUCUCUCAAAACGCAAGCAACAAUUUAAAAUGCAUUUAAUUGGCUAGGCAUUGUUACAGUGUUGCACAUUCCAUAAUGUUGUAUUCUAAUCACUUAGUUACCAUCUCUUUCAUUUCUUUGUGGAAUAAAAGAGAUGGUGCAAAUUUUCGAAAGAAACCCAUGGUUUGACUAGCUGUCACGCUUUGUGAAAGAGAUAAGACACAGUUCUUUAGUUAGUCCAAAGUGGAAAUUACCUUCACUGUAGCUUAUUGAAAGUAUUAUCACGAUCUUGUGUGCCAAUAAUCUUGGAUAACCUUUUACAUUCCGCAAUAGGCAUUUGGCAAAUUUAUUUAAUUUUUGCCGCAUUUUUUGCAAAUCAUAUCAAUAAUUUUAAUGAAUGUGUGUGUUUGUUUAUUAUUAAUUGCAAUGUGGGAUUUAUAUUUAUAAUGAAUUGAGAACUUUGAAUAUACACGCAUGAUUGUUUUCAAAAUUACUUUACACUUGAAUUUACUUCACAGGUUAUUUAUAUACAUAUUUUUUACUGAAAUCUUGUGGUCUAAUUCCAUUUUCUUUGAGGUUUAGCUAUUAAAUGUUGUAUGGAGAAUAGCUAUUGUAAGGAGUCACAAUAAAUAUUGUUAGUGAUUUA